AUGGGCUGUGGCGAUGGCGGCAAAGGCAUGCGCCGUCUUGCUUUCAAGGUCCUCUGCCCAAACGAGCUCAUCGCACGUAUUAUGGGUAAAGGUGGGACUCGCAAAGACCAACUCCAGAGCGAAGCAGGCUGCCGGAUCGUGGUCAGCGGCCGGGACGAGUUCUUCCCUGGCACUCGCUGGCGGGUCCUGUUGAUAUACAGUGACAGGUCGGAGGCAAUCCUUGCAGUGAUGCAGCAUGUGAUUCGCGAUGUCAUCGAAUGUGGUGCAAAAGAGUCACCGAAUCCAGAGGCCGACUUCCUCGGCCCAGACCGUGGAACCUACAUUAUUCGAUGUGUGGUCACAAAGCAGAUGUCAUCUGCAAUCAUCGGCCCGAAGGGCAACAAUGCCCGCGCCAUUAGAGAGGAGUCUGGAUCCAAGGUCGUCAUCGACCCCAACAUAACUGCGGGACAUCAGUUUGUCAAGCUCGUGGGCGAGCCCCAAGGCUUGCGAAUUGCUUUGGCAAGAGUCAAUCAGUAUGUUCAAGAGCAAUACGGAAGUCCCACGUACAUGGAGUGGGCAACCAUCAAAAGCUUCGAUGGCGCUGGGAACCCUAUCCAUUCAGGCCCUGCAGAGACGGGCUUUAGCUAUGGCAGUGUUCACGGCCACAUGGGCAAAGGAGGAGCCGAAUGGCCAGACGAGCGUGAGCGAACUCCUAGACAAGGCCAGGUUGCCUCUAGCACGCAUGCGCACCUGCUCCCAGCAGCCACAACAACAAGACCAACAAGAACAGCGGCGGCGGCAGCAACAGAAUCCAAAAAGCAUGAAGAAGAACACUUGCGCUGA